CGAGCACCCAUCGAGAGUGGUUGUCAGUAGUUUUCUCUCUCUCGGCAAGCCAAACAAAAUAGAAAAUACAGAAAACAAAAAAAAACUCGUCAAAGCGUAUUUUAUAUAUACAUACAUUUGAUUUGAUAUUUUGCUAUUGAAAUUGUUUUACAUUUGAAUACAAUGUCCGAAUUCGAAUUACAAUCACUCAAUGAAUGCUUGGAGAAGCAUUUGCCCCCAGCUGAAUUGAAGGAGGUUAAACGCAUUUUGUAUGGCCUUGAGGAGGAACAGAUUCUCGAAAUUCCUGCAAGUGCCACAGAUUUGGCCAAAGAACAUGAUUUUGAGAUCAAGGGCUAUCGUUUCAAUGCUCGGCCAGAGCAAACCCGUCGCCCCCGUUUGGUUCGUGUGGGAGCCAUACAGAAUUCCAUAGUUUUGUCCACCACAGAACCGAUUGAGAGGCAACGUGAAGCCAUUUGGAACAAGGUGAAGACCAUGAUCAAGGCGGCAGCUGAGGCCAAAUGUAAUGUGAUCUGCACACAGGAGGCUUGGACUAUGCCAUUUGCAUUUUGCACACGAGAGAAAUUCCCAUGGUGUGAAUUUGCCGAGGAGGCUGAGCAUGGACCGACCACCAGAAUGCUGAGCGAAUUGGCCAAGGCCUACAACAUGGUUAUCAUACACUCCAUACUGGAACGAGAUGUGGAGCAUGGGGAGACCAUAUGGAAUACAGCUGUUGUCAUCUCAAACAGUGGCCAGUAUCUGGGAAAGCAUCGUAAAAAUCAUAUUCCCCGUGUCGGUGACUUCAAUGAGUCGACCUACUAUUAUGAGGGGAAUACAGGACAUCCUGUAUUUGAGACGGAAUUCGGUAAAUUGGCCAUUAACAUUUGCUAUGGUCGACAUCAUCCACAAAACUGGAUGAUGUUUGGUCUGAAUGGAGCUGAAAUCGUCUUCAAUCCAUCGGCCACAAUUGGACGACUCUCGGAGCCCUUGUGGAGCAUUGAGGCCAGGAAUGCGGCCAUAGCCAAUAGCUAUUUCACGGUGCCCAUUAAUCGUGUUGGCAUCGAACAAUUUCCGAAUGAGUAUACAUCCGGUGAUGGACAAAAGGCCCACAAAGAUUUCGGACCCUUCUACGGAUCCACCUAUGUGGCUGCUCCCGAUGGUUCUAGGACUCCUAGUUUAUCACGCAGUCGGGAUGGCCUUUUGAUUACCGAAAUGGAUUUGAAUUUAUGUCGCCAGGUUAAAGAUUUCUGGGGAUUCCGCAUGACCCAACGAUUGCCGUUGUAUGCGGAAUCAUUUCAAAAGGCCAGCGAACCGGACUUUAAGCCGCAAAUCAUUAAAGAGACUUAACCUGGCAGAGCAUUUAUUCCACCCAUCGAUCUGUAUCUCUUGGACUUAAACACUUUUAUUUCGGCUCAAAUUUGAGUAAUUCUUUCCUUAUUGUAAAUAAAUCGUUUCGCACAAUAAUCAUCUA